AUGUAUUUGAGGCAUUCGUCGAGUCAACCGGUGACGGGCACGAAUUGUACAAAGCCUAUGCUUUCGUCAUUAUUCGCCCUUCCUUCUUUCCUUAGAGUACCACCUACUACAGAAUGUGACGAAGAAGAACUCGCAGAAUUGAGGGAAGUUGUCAGGCCAGAACCAUAUCGCAUCUGGCUUAUGUGGAGACCUCAGCGUAGAAAGGAGAAGCUGUAUUUCGGGGGAGAACCAAGCAUUAGCAUAUAUUGGGGAUAUUGGGAGACGAUGACAGGGUUCUGGCCCGAUCAGUCACAGUAA